GUAUCUAGCCCUACUCACUGGAUCAUCUCUAUAAAAGCCGUUGGCUAGCCAAAAUAAAACGAGCUUUGAGCCGUUGUGUGGGGCAUGUAGAUAAAAGUGGACUCGUCCAGACUUGGUUGGGAACGUUUCGUGUUCGCGUCUCUCCGAUCAUCUUUCACUUCCACAUUCUUUAAACAUUGGUUCUUCAAGCGAUUGUCACUUGGCCACGCAUCAUCUUUGUCUUUGAACUUAUUGUGCGCAUGAGUCUACUGAAAAGGGAACGAAUACCGACGCCACGCGACAGUCCACUCGGGAUCUGGUGGCGAAGUCGGAUCACGUUAUACAACGUGCGUGCGGAAUCGACCGUGGGCUGAUCGAAGUUUCAGGUGUACGGCGAAUGAAAGUACGAACGAAGCGGACAGUCCCAGUGAGCAUCGGUGCCCAAAGGGCCAGUACCGCGUAUCCAGCCCUGCUCAGCCCUGCCAUCAGUUUCAACAGUGGUCGAGUUGGGUCGUAUUGAAGAGCACAAACGCGUCCCUCUCCUUUCCAAAAAGGAUAGGAAAAGACGCAUGUACGAGGAAAGGACGGUAGAGGAUCAUACCGUGGCGGAAGGAGAGGGACUAUCACCGUAGCGACUGUGCUGUGCUGAGUGGCGUAGAGAAAGAGGCAUUCAGUAGGGUCUAAGACGUUUACCGAUAUUCGCCCAGCCAGUCCAGCCACUGGCAGCCAGUGGCCGCCGGUGGUCAGCAACGGUUCAUCAAGCAGCAACAGCAGCACUGCCAACUCGAUUCGGAGGGGAUUCAAACACGAUCUGUCUCCCUCGCACCCUGUGCCGGGAUGGCCGACGAUACCGCGAUCGUCCGUACAGAUGAGGAUAACGCGGCGGCACUGAUAUCGUCUACGGACCCUACCGAAUUCAUCCAGAUCGAGUGCAAGUUAGAACCGGACACUGGUUUAACCAAUUCUACUGAGGACCUAUCGGCGUUUGUUGACGAAUCUUCAGCAUUACAUAUACCAGUAUCACUACCUACGAUAAAGCAUCCAGUUGUUUUAUUGGAGAGAUGCGAUAAAAUUUGGGAAACACUAAAAUUGAUAAAGACACAGCCAAUUGAAGAAAAUACUAACUGUGAAGAAGCACUAACUGAUGAUUGUAAUAAAAAUGAAGAUAAGAUGAAAGAGAAACAAACGCAGUAUUCAAAUGAGGUUAAACAAUCUACAUCAUAUGUCCGGAGUCAACCUAAAUUGAAAAGUGAGACCAUAGCGCCUUUUAAGUUUUCUGUCCAAAGGACAAAGAAAUUAUAUCCUUGCGUUACCUGUGGCAAGCAAUAUUUGGAAAGACGAUCCUUGAGGAAGCAUUCAGAAAGAGUACAUGGAGUCAUUAUGCCUCUGCUCAAACGUAAACGGAAACGUAAUGCCUUAAAGAAGAAUUUCAAUGAAGCCAAUCCAGUUGCUUCAACGAGCAAUGAGAAUAAAAAUUCUGAAAAAUUUCACAAUAACAGGGAUUUACUUGAAGAGACUAAGAUCAGACUUACUGAAAUUGCUGUUUCACCACCUAAUACAUUAAAAUUGGUCAAUUGUAAUUUAUGCCAGGGGAAAGUACUGUCUUUAAGAAAACAUUUAAUUAAUUAUCAUAAAAUUGGAGGUUCUUCGAGUAUGAUGGAUCAGUUAGAAUCAUCAUUAUUAAGUGAGACUACAUCACCUCCAGAUGAGAAAACCAUAAAUAAAUUACAUGAAGAUGGAUUUCGCAUAAUGGAUAAUGAAAAUGAUAUUCAUAGAACGUCACAAGUCAAGAGAAAGUACACCUCAUCUUAUGCAAAUACUAGGAAAAAAUUCAAGCGGAAUAAUGAACGCUAUGCGCUUGUUCAAAAUCCGCCCACUGUUGCACAGAGACAAAUAUUUAAAGCACGUUCAUACAAAUGUGACAUUUGCUUGGGAAUAUAUUCAUCCAGUCAUAGUUUGUACAAACAUAAACGCAUUCAUACUUUACGUGGAGAAACUAGGGAUAACUUUCAUAAAUUCAAAUGUAGAUAUUUCAAUUCACCAUUUAACAAAAAAUAUAAAUUAUUACAGUCUUCUGUGAAGUCGGCUAAUAAUAUUGUACGGAAUACUGGCAAGAGGAUAAACCAAAAAGGUUCAAUGCAAUUAAGAAAGAAUUCAAAGCGCAAUACAUUGGUCAAUGAAAACAGUCAAACUUCGCAGAAUAGUCGAGCAGCCCGAUACAUUGAACGGACGAAUAAAAUUAAUAAAACUAUUUGUAUAUGUGGAAGAUUAUUUCGGAAUCCGCACACCUUGUUUAUUCAUAAAAAGAAUUGUGAAUUAUGUCAAAUUACAGAUAACACAACACAAAGCUCUCGGGUCAGCAGUGAUAGAGACUCUGGUAUUGGUAUUAACAUAACGAUUAAAAAACGAAACGACUCCUAUGAGAUUGUUGGUAAAGAUGACGAAGAUAACCCUGUAAAAUCUGAAACCUAUUUCAAAGAAAACAUUUUGGCCAUGUCUCAUACAUCUAAUACCAAAGAUUCGACUAAAGCGUCUACUAAACAGAAAGCAUCUACUAAACUAGAUGCAUCUAAAUAUAGUAUAAAUCAUAGCAUUUUGAAAUUGCAAGAUACAGACGAAGAUGUGAUUAUUGAUAUAGAAGAUGAUACACAAAAUGAAAAUAAUACAACAAAGCAGAAAAUUAUGAAGAAGGAUGACAAACGGGAUUUGUUAAUGGUGCAAAAUUAUGCAAAGGAUGGAAAAACUGAAAAAGUUUUCGAUAAGGUUUCUACAUUGAAACAAAUGUGUCAAGAGGUUCUCGACGUUUUGGAGAUGCGUAAAUCCGGAAAUAUAGAAAAUAAAAAUAAAAAAUAUAGCCAAAUUAAAGAUCAAGAAACUUGCAAGGAAAAUAGACAGGUUAAAAACCAAGAAAUACAUCAAGAAUACAAGCGGGAAUUACGAUCUACGAAUAAACGAUAUCGAUAUUCUGAAGCGGAGUUGGAUCAUUUUUAUGAUGAAACGAAGGUCUGUAUGGCACAAUUUGAUCCACUGAUGUGUGCAUACUGUGAGGAAAGGUAUAAUACGAUUAAAACAUACGAUAAUCAUCAAUGUACUGUUAAGGAAGGUAGAUCAUUCGAUGAAUUUUCGCUACACUUGCGAUGUUUCUGUUGUAAAGAAGUACUAAAUAGUUAUACUGAAUUUGAUAGGCAUGUGAGAAUCAAACAUUAUGAUCGCGCGUAUCAUUGUUAUCAAUGCCCUGAACGAUUUACAAGUGAUAAAGCACGAUUAAAUCAUUUUCACUCGGAACACAAUGAUUUGAUUUGUAGAUUUUGUAAUAAAAAAAUUUCUAUUUCAGUAAAGGUUUUACACGAAGGUUAUCAUUUAGGUUUUGGUUAUCCUUGUCAUAAAUGUAAAAAGGCUUAUAUUAAUAGUAAGAAUCUUUCUUAUCACAAGUACACAAUACACGCGAACGGGGCUGAUAACUUAACGACUUGUUCUGUAUGUUUGAAGCUGGUAAAAUUUAAAACUAUUCGUCGUCAUAUGGCUACGCAUAAGCAUAAUUCUUGUUAUUUUUGUGGCAAAAUGUUUACUGAUAGAGUAGGUCUAGAAUAUCACACCAUGCUACAGCAUGGUACAAAUUCUAAGUUAAAGUGUAAUCUCUGUGGUACGCGGUUUUAUACUAAGAAACAGCUUGAGAAACACGAGAAGGUAGACGGAUGUAACAAUGGCGAACAAAAGAAAUUGCAAUAGAAUGAUCAUUAAGAAUAUUUUAUUGGAAUGAUAUAUAUGAAUGAUACAAUCGAAUAAGUGUGAGGUACAAGUAACUCUUUGGUGCCACAAUAUUUUCAAUUCUAUUUCGAUAUGUAAAAAAUGCAUUUAUGCGUUAAUAUUAUUUAGAUAUUAGAUACACAAUAAAUACACAACAUAGAUACACAAUCAAAGGAGUACAUGUGAGGAUCAUACAAAAAUUAACUUUUUUUCGCUCAAUUUUAUCUGAUGAAUUCGAAAAUUAUAAUGUCAAAAUAGUCUUAGUAUCCAGAAAAAAUUUUAAGAUCAAAGUAUUUUAAACAGAAAAAAGUUAUUUUUGUUAUUUUAUCGAGCUAAGUCUAUAAAUUUUUUUUAAUCUGUUUUUAUUCAAUCAUGACUCUUGCAGAGUCUCGUAGAAUAAAUAAAAUUUUGUAAUACAAACUCUUAUAAAAUAUUUAUGAAGAAUAAUAUGUAUAUACUGAAUUGAUAGAAUAUAAAAAUGAAUAUCUUUUAUUAUCCUUUUUUUAACAGAGACUAGGCAUUGACAGCUAAUUCAUUAUAUAUAUGUUUUACACAUUUUUUUAUGUUUUGAUGUAAUUUAAUUCCCAUUCUUUUUCAUCAAGGCCUAUAAUGGCUGAAGUACUUUAACCUAUGUAUAUAUUUACAAUUAUAUAUCUAACACUAUAAUACUGUACAUAUGUAAUAAAAACAGAUUGAGAUAAAUUCACAGACAUGGCUCAACAAACUGAUCAGUUUAACCGCCAUUUUUUUUCUGUUUAAAAUGCGUCCAAAAAUUUUUUUCUGGAUAUUAAGACUAUUUUAACUAUCAUUUUCAAAUUCAACAAGUAAAAUGAACUGAAAACAAGUAAAAUCUAAUGAUUUUUGUGUGUUUUUCAAAUCGCUUAAAAUGUAUAUACUCCUUUAUAUUUUGUUACACAACUGACAUCAAUGUAAAAUGGCAAAGUUUUGCGUUAUCAGUAAAUCUAAGAUAUAGGUGAUAUUUUUGCUUGUAUUUCAUCGCGCGGCCAAUUAUAUAAUUUUCUGAACAAUAAAUUUUUUCAGCAUUUUUAGUUUGUAUAAUGCUAAUGUCUUGUAAAUUCUGUAAACUAAAUCUUAUAUUUUUAUUUUAUGAACAAAUUUGUGCAUUCAACAUUUCUCUAAAAUUUGUCAAUUGCAAUUUUGUGGGACAUUAGAAAUACACAAACUCUGCUAUUAUCUGGAUUAAAAUUUAUUUGUAAUUAUUAAUUUGUAACUUGUAAUAUCUUACAUAACUGUAUACACAUAGGAGUGCGAGACUCCUUUUGUAAAUGAUGUAUUAUUAAGAAAUGAUAGCAAAUAUUAACAUUAUUUGUAACAAUUGUGACAUAUUAAUAUUAAAAUAACUUUUUUAUUUGUAACUUAGAAAUAACAGAAAAAAAUGUUAACAUAUUUAACUGCAUUUAAUUGCAAAGAGAAAUGUUUUGAAAAUACAUUAUCUGUAGUACAUCAUUUAUUUUUAAAGUUGUCUUUUGACGAAAGCUCUAAUAAACCAAAGCUUUAUAAUCUGUGUAUGUAAGAUAUAUUAUUCUUUAAAACUAUAACUGAAUUUUAUUUCGAACUAUUUGUGAUAUAAUUAAUAGCGAUAUUAUAAUUUUAUAGCGUUCCUUCUUAAUUAAAAAAAAUUGUUUUGUCUUCAGCUUCUUUAAAAUAUGUAUUUUACGUAAGGUAUAGGUAAUUUUUUAUUGGCUAAUAUCAGUUUUAGAUUCGCAGAAAUUUAUGUAUGUUAUAAAGAAGAGCAAAAGUAUCACAUUUGAAAAAGUUGUGUUGAAAUCAAUUGUCAAUAAUAAUAAAAUUGUUUGCAAAUUUGUACAUAUUGCAAUAUUUGUACAGUAUAUAUCCCUCUAAAUAUAGUUAUAAAUGUUAAAUUUAGCAAAUAAGAAAUAAGAGUUUCAUAUUUGAAACUAUUAAUAAAACGUUUUAUAAUUAA